GAUCGGGGGGGCCGGCCGGCCGCGGGGUGCCACCGCAUUUACAAGCCACAUGCACGCAUUCAUUGCCGCCCCGAUUUAACACACCCCUUGUAACGCCGUCGCUGGGCCACAACCCUACUACCACAACAAGCGCAGCCGCAGCGGCAGCCUCCGGAGGACCGGAUACAGUCAUACAGAGAGGGGGAGGGCAUGGAGAUGAGCAUAGGGUGGCAGGAGCUCGGCGUCGUCGACACCAUCUACGAGGACGACCACGAGGAGGAGGAGGAAGACGACGACGACCACGAGGGACAAGAGGAGGAGCGCUUCGACUCGCCCACCGGCACCAUGUCGUCCUCGCCGCCCACCUCGCGCUCCUCCUCCCCGGAGGUGGAGGACGCCGCGGCGGUGGCGGAGGCGCACCCGUCGUCCCUGCCGCCGGCGCUCAGGCGCGCAGUGCAAGCGUGGUGCCGGGAGAACGGGUCGCGCAAGCCCGACGUGGUCGUCCGCGUCCAGGAGCAUCGCCUCCCUCUGCACAGGGACGUGAUCACGUCGCGGAGCAGCUACCUGAGGCGCCUGCUGUCAGAGUCCAGCGACGUCGCGAUCACGCUGCCGGCGGGCCUCACGUUCGACGCGUUCGUGCAGGCCAUCGCGACCUGCUACGUCGUCCCCGACGAUGCAGCGGCGGCGGCGCUGUCCCCGGCGAGCCUCGCCGCGGCGUGGGUGGCGGGGGCCUGGCUGGAGCUGGGCGCGGGACCGGGCCCGGGGCGGGACCCUUGCGGGCUGACCCACGCCGCGGAGGACUACUUCCAUGAGGUGGCCACCGACCACGGCCGAGCCGCGGGCGUGCUGCGGUGCUGCGCGGCGUUCCUGGGCGGCGAGGCGGCCGGGCCCGCCGCGGACCUGCUCGCCCGGUGCGUCGAGGUGCUCGCGGCGUCCGACAGCGGGAGCGGGAGGUGGCUCGACGACGUGGCCGCGCUCCCCGUGGAGGAGUUUCUGGUGGUCGUGGAGGCCAUGCGCGCGCGGUCCGCGCACGACCACGACCUCAUGUACACAGUCGUCGACCACUACCUGGAGAACCACAAGGGGAAGCUUACGGAGGAGGACAAAUCCCGGUUGUGCUACAACGUCAACUGCACCAAGCUGUCGCAGCACCUCUUCAUGCACCUGGUCCAAAACCCUCGCCUCCCGCUCCGCUUCGUCGUGCAGGCCAUGCUCGUGGAGCAGCUCCACUCCCACCACACCAUGCUCCUCACCCAUCACCACCAGGCCGCUGCACUGGCGCCGACGCGAUCGGCAGCGCCGCUCCUCAAGCCAACCCCAUCGGGCGUCUUCAGUGGCGGCGUCGCGGGGGAGGACGCCAGCAUGACGCUCGGCGACAUCCUCCAGCGCGACGCCGCGCUGCACCAGUCCGCGCACAUCCGCGCAUCCAUGCAGGCUACCAGCCUCCGCAUCGAGACCCUCGAGCGCGAGCUGGCCGGCCUCCGCACCCGCUUGCGCCGCUCCGAGCAGCAGCAGGCGGAGACCGAGGCAGCGGCCGCGGCCGCGACUGGCGCCUCCUCGACCGACUGCGCGCCCGGCAAGUCCGCCAGCUUCCGGAUCCCGCGAAGCCGGCUCUGGGAAGGCGAGGAGCUCGCGCCCGUUGGCCUCCGGCGCGCCGCAGCUAGGGACAGCAGUGCGAGGGGCUUCAAGUCACGGUUGGUGCACGGAUUCAAGAACCUGUUCGGCAGGAGGCAAGCGGCCACCGGCGCGCCGUCCGCGACCGGCGAGGACUCGAGUACCCGAUGCUUCGGUGAUAAAGGCGCGGCCGCUGCUACGCCGGAGCUGGAGAGCGACGACGAUGAGGUGGUGAGCAUGGAGGAGAGGCGGCGGCCUCACCGGAGAAACCACUCUCUUGUGUGAUCAUCGUCGCCGUCCAUGCGCUAGCUGGCAAACAAUGUUUGCAAAACAUGCAAGCAGGGAUAGGGACACGGAGUCGUAGAGAUCCUUGGUAUAUGGUGACAUCACUAUUUUCACACGGCUAUAUAUGAGUAUAUGACAUCGUCGUUGAUUGUUAGUUUAUUUCUUUGGACGGAUGCACCGUGUAAGGUUCUUGGAUGCAAGGCUCAAGAACUAGCCUUGUGUUUUUAACAUGUCGAUGUUUUCACAAUGACA